AUGACUGAAUAUAGCACAAGUUCCCCUAUCGGCGCUGGUACGUCCGAUAUUCCUUCUACACCUAAUGUCCCACCUACACCUAGCGUUCCAUCAUCACCUAGUGUCUCGCUCACACCUGAUAUCCCAUCUACGCCCGUCUUGCCUUCUUUUCCUUCUCUCAAAGACGAGCCUAUCACCGAGGAUGAAGAAAUCUUUCCUCCUACACCUGAAGGUCUGAGUCGCAGGCAGUACAAUCUGUUUAAGAGAAACAGAAAAACAGCACUCAAAACUGCUCAGAUGAUGGCUCAAGUAAUCGAAGAGAUGGACGAUGCUGCUGAAGACGUUGCAGCUGGUCCUGCUUCACCAGCAGGAUACAAGAAAGGUGACUUCGGUAGACAAGCUCGCAAACUUAUCAAGUCAACCGACAAGCAUGGUAUGUUGAGUCCUAGUACCCAUAAGGUAGUCAAGCCUGCUAUUCCUGCCACCCACAACAGCAGCAGUAACAACAGAAGCAACAGUAGCAAAGGCAACAGAAACAGCAAGGACGCUAUCUCUGGCGCAGACACUGUCUCCGACACCGAACCCACCAAGAACAACAAGGUUCCCGUCAAGCACAACUCUACUCACGGCUUCCUGUCUACACCUGUUCCCAAGCCUGAACCUGUCCCUGAACCACCCACUUCUGAGACUGUCGACGACGCUCUGGGUCCCAAGCCUGAGCCUAUCAUCCCUGGCCCUCCUACUCCUGGCUCUUCUUCUCCUCCUGCUCCCGUCUUCUGGAAGGUGCUCUGGGCCUCUUUGAGUGCUCCCACCAACCCUUCUGUCUGA